AUGGACGCUCGAUUAAGGCAAAUUAAGAAUUGUGAAAAUGAGUUUUUUGGAGGAGUAAACGUAUUACUUUUCGGUGAUCUUUUACAACUGCCUCCUAUAAAACGAUCAGGUGCACCUGUUUUCAAACAGCCAGAACAUCUCCAACCAGCUACACAUCUCUGGCGUUUAUUCACGCUGUGUGAAUUAACUGAAAAUAUGCGUCAGCAAGGUGACCACACUUUUAUUGAUAUUUUGAAUGCUUUGAGAGUCGGUGAGCUAACAACCCAACAUUUUAGUAUUUUAAUGGGAAAGCUUCUUCAAGACACUAGUGAUGAGUUUGCAAUAGACAAAGCGUUAAGGGUAUACCCCACAAAUCAACAACUUAACGACCACAACUCUGCUGUAUUGAAUUUGUACAGAAAUAAUGGUGCCCGCAUUUACAAAAUAAAAGCGCAGGAUCAGCUAGUACACGCCACACGAAAUGCAGACAAUGUCGAUAUAGCUACUAUAAUACCAGCUGAUAUCAACAAAACUGGGGGUUUACCAUCGGAACUUGAAAUAUUUGUGGGGGCAAAAGUCAUGCUACGGUCCAAUAUUGACGUUUCAAAGGGUUUGGCCUCAAUUUCGUCGAACUCAGAUGUAUGCAACAGAUGUACCUUCCGUCCGAAUUGA